GAGGGAGCGAGCAAGAGAAAGCGUGUCCCAUGCAUGCACGCUCUGCGGGCUGCAGGAGCUCUACUGGUCCACGAAUGUGCGCGUCCAGCCUGCCUCAUCCCUUCUCCUCAGCCCCGGGACGGCAAUGAAAGCUCGGAUACCGACACCUGUGAUCUCAUAGAGGCUGCUUGAGCCCCCCCAUCAUGCGCGGGGCCGGGAGAGAUUGCAGUGGAGAAUCAGCCGCAGGCGCACGCACAAUGAAGAUUGGAUUACUACAACAUUAAUGCUCUUUGCAGCGGCGCCGUCACAAAGUGAGAACAUCGUGGGAUUUCUUUCCAUUCUUGUCAUUUUUGGGGGACACGGUGGAAAUUAUCGCUUUCCAGAUAUCGGGUGCUUUGUCCCCCCCUCCCUCCUGCUGUGCAGUGUUUGAGAGUGAGCACCAUCCGAGGCUGCACGCGUUCUCAGAGGCAAGAGGGGACUGUUGCAAUGUCAUCUCACGCAACUAUUUUGGAGCUCUGGGGAAGGGAGAUGUUGGGCUGAAGUGGUUUCGGAAGUAUGUCCCUCAGCAGCACCAGAAGCAAGAGGAGGAGUAGAAGGAGCAGCGGUUGGGCCCGUGGCAGCGGGGGUCAUGCUGUGCUGCUUUCCUUAGCUCUACUGGUGGUGGUGACCUAUAUCACCAACCCGGUGGUAGCUCAAAAGCAGCGAAGUGGAGGUGCCGCCGAGAAAGUGCCGGUCCUAAAUAUCGCCGUGAUCCUGGGCCGCACGCGCUACAUCUCGGACCGAGACAUCCGGGCACUGUGGGGGAAAGAGGAACCUAUUGACGUCAAUGUGGUCAGUCUGCUCGUGAAUGAGACGGACCCCAAAAGCAUCAUCACCCACAUGUGUGACCUGAUGUCCGGGACAAAGAUCCACGGUGUGGUGUUUGGGGAUGGCACGGACCAGGAGGCCAUCGCCCAGAUUUUGGAUUUUAUUUCCUCGCAGACGCUCAUACCCAUCCUGGGCAUUCAUGGAGGCUCGUCCAUGAUCAUGGCGGAUAAGGACGAUAAGUCAACGUUCUUCCAGUUUGGUGCUUCCAUCCAGCAGGAGGCUCUGCUGAUGCUGAACAUCAUGGAGGAGUACGACUGGCACAUCUUUUCUAUCGUUACGUCAAAGUUCCCCGGCUACCAGGAGUUCAUCAACAUUCUAAAAACAACAGUAGACAACAGUUUUGUUGGCUGGGACCUGCAGAAUAUCAUCUCUCUGGAUGCAGUGGAGGAAGACAGCCGGUCUCAGAUCAUGCUGAAGAAGGUCCAGUCGCCGGUCGUUCUCCUCUACUGCUCCAAGGACGAGGCCGUCUACAUCCUGGAGGAGGCUCGCUCUCUGGGCCUCACAGGCUUCGGUUACAUCUGGAUCGUACCUUCUCUGACCACCGGCAACCCGGAAAUAACCCCAGAAGCAUUCCCAUCAGGAAUGAUUUCGGUCUCCUAUGAUGACUGGGAUUAUCCUUUGGAAGCUCGUGUACGUGAUGGUUUGGGGAUCAUAACGUCAGCGGCAGCGGCCAUGUUGGAUGAAUACGGCGACAUUCCCGAAGCUCGAACGUCUUGUUACGGCCAGAUGGAAAAAAACAGCAAGCUGCCACCUAGCGCGCUACACAAGUACAUGAUGAAUGUGACAUGGGAAGGCCGAGACUUGUCUUUCACGGACGAUGGAUAUCAAGAACAUCCAAAGUUGGUGGUCAUUGUUCUGAACAAAGAGAGAGAGUGGGAGAAGAUGGGGAAGCUGGACAACAGCAGCCUGACACUCAAGUAUCCAGUCUGGCCUCGCUUCAACUCCUUCGGCGACGCCGAACUUGACGACAACCACUUGUCCAUCGUCACCUUAGAGGAGAAGCCGUUUGUCAUUGUGGAGGAUGUCGAGAGACUGACCGGUACCUGCAUGAGAAACUCUGUGCCCUGCAGGAAACAUAUCAAAGACAACACGACCGAGGCUGGAGGGACAUACAUCAAAAAGUGCUGCAAAGGCUUCUGCAUUGACAUUUUGAAGAAGAUAGCCAAAUACGUCAAGUUCACCUAUGACCUGUACCUAGUAACCAAUGGCAAACACGGAAAGAAGAUUAACAAUGUCUGGAAUGGGAUGGUGGGAGAGGUGGUCUAUAAGAAAGCCGUCAUGGCCGUCGGAUCUCUGACGAUCAAUGAGGAGCGUUCUGAGGUCAUCGAUUUCUCCGUCCCAUUCGUGGAAACUGGGAUCAGCGUCAUGGUGUCCCGUAGUAACGGAACCGUGUCCCCUUCAGCCUUUCUUGAGCCGUUCAGCGCAUCAGUGUGGGUGAUGAUGUUUGUGAUGCUCCUACUGGUGACUGCAAUGGCUGUUUUUAUGUUUGAAUACAUCAGUCCUCUCGGCUUCAACAGAAACCUGGCGCAGGGGAGAGACCCCCACGGGCCUUCCUUCACCAUGGGCAAAGCUGUGUGGCUUCUCUGGGGUCUGGUCUUCAACAACUCCGUCCCGGUGCAAAAUCCAAAGGGAACCACCAGCAAGUUCAUCGUGUCCGUGUGGGCCUUCUUCGCUGUCAUCUUCUUGGCUUCCUACACUGCCAACUUGGCCGCUUUCAUGAUUCAGGAAGAGUUUGUCGACCAAGUCACUGGGCUUUCUGAUAAUAAGUUUCAGAACCCGUAUGCCUACUCACCGCCAUUCCGCUUUGGAACGGUUCCAAACGGAUCUACAGAGAGGAACAUCAGGAAGAACUACCCUUCCAUGCACCAGUACAUGGUCAAGUAUCACCAAACAGGAGUUCAGGAUGCUCUUGUCAGCUUAAAAACUGGUAAACUGGAUGCCUUCAUCUAUGAUGCCGCAGUGUUGAACUACGCGGCUGGCAGAGAUGAGGGAUGUAAGCUGGUGACCAUUGGCAGCGGGUACAUCUUUGCUACCACUGGAUAUGGCAUCGCUCUCCAAAAAGGUUCUUACUGGAAACGUCAGGUGGAUCUGGCAAUUCUGGCCAUUAUUGGAGAUGGUGAAAUGGAAGAAUUGGAGGCUCAGUGGUUAACGGGCAUUUGCCACAACGAGAAAAAUGAGGUGAUGUCAAGCCAGCUGGAUGUGGACAACAUGGCGGGGGUCUUCUACAUGCUCGCCACUGCCAUGGGGCUGUCCCUCAUCACCUUUGUCUCUGAGCAUCUCUUCUAUUGGAGGCUCAGAUACUGCUUCACUGGGGUCUGCACUGGCACACCAGGUCUUCUCUUCAGCAUUAGUCGGGGUAUCUGGAGUUGCAUCCACGGAGUUCACAUCGACAUGAAGAAAAAAAACGAUCUGGACUUUAGCCCGCAAGACAAGAUGCUUAAACUGAUUAAAUCAGCCAAGCACAUGACCAACAUGUCAAACCUGGCCGGCUCUCACAUGAACUCACCCAAACGUGAGUUCAUGCACUCGGCGGGCCCGAUGAUCAUGGACAUGAUGGCAGAGAAGGGCAACUUCAUCUACGCUGACAACCGAAGCUAUGCUCCCAAAGACGUGAUGUACGGGGACACGGGGGACUUGCAGUCGUAUCUCGCUACCCGCCACAAAGACCACCUGAACAACUACAUCUUCCAAGGAGGCCAGCAUCCUCUCACUUUGAAUGAUGCCAAUCCCAAUUCGGUGGAGGUGGCGGUUACCGCCGACACGGUCCAGACCAACGCCAAACCUCCUCGGACCCUGUGGAAGAAGUCGGUGGACACGCUGCGCUCGGUGCCGCCGGGAACUUCCCCCAUGCCCGACAUGCUAAUGCCGGACCCUCGAAUGUCAAUGAAGACUCAACGCUACCUCCCCGAGGAGGCGGCCCACUCUGACAUCUCUGACUGCUCCAGCAGAGCGGCUUCCUACAAGGACCCAGAAAACAACAAGCACCUGAAAGCCAAGGACAAUUUAAAAAAAAGACCCGUGACUUCCAAAUACCCAAGAGACUGUAGUGAGGUGGAGCUCUCUUACCUAAAAACAAAACAGGUCAGUGGUGGAACCAACCAACUUGGCAGAGGACCUGGUGAGAAAAUCUACACGAUUGACUCCGACCGAGAAAUGAGCAUGCACUCGGACCCCGUCCACUACCGGGAGAGUCGUGGUCUCGCCGCCGAUGAAUUGGAAUACCCUGAAAUGUACUCUGACCACAGUGAUAAUUAUCGAAAAUGUGAUCAACCCAUCAUCCAUCUAAACUCCUCCCCGCUGCACCACGCCGAUUCCGAUCUUCUGCCCGACCCGACGUACGGCAAACACUACAGCAUGAAAGAGAAAAAUCUUUCCCCGCACGAAUCAAUCGAUCGCUACAAACAGACACACUGCCGUUCCUGUUUGUCAAAGGUUACGACUGCCGGCUACCCUCCAGGAGGGACGUUCACCCCUACGGGAUCCGCCUCGGCUUCUUCUACCCGUUCCCCGUAUAAUCGAUGCGAAGCAUGUCUCCACACAGCCAAUCUGUAUGACAUUAGUGAGGACCAGCUUCUCGCCGAUACCUUGGUUAGCCCCACCAUGCACCACCAACAACCGCAGCAGCAGCAGCAGCAGCAACCCGAUGAAAUGUUCGGUCUGUAUUGGCCGCAAACGGACGGACCUCAUGUCCAGAAGAGAAACCGCUUGAGGCUUAAUCGUCAGCACUCCUUUGACAACAUAUUACUAGAAAAGCCCAAGGAUUCAGAUCAGGGCCGACCAGCGCGUAGCGUCAGCCUCAAGGAGAAAGAUCGCUUUCUGGACUCUACGGCUGAUUCGCACUACGCCAACCUCUUCAGCAUGCGUCCCUACUCCGGCAGACUGUUUGGCAGCGGAUCUCAAUCGAUGAUGUUUAAUCACAAUCUGGAAGAGAGCAAAAGGAGCAAGUCCCUGUACCCGGCCCAUAGCUCGGAAAACCCUUUCCUCGGCCACUCGCUGAGGGACGACACCAGCAGCAGACUGAUCCACGGGCGUAGCUCCUCCGAUAUUUACAAACAGCUGGCCGUGGCUUCGCCGGCAGCGAUUCUCGGAGCAGCUCCCAUCAAAACAUGCAACGACGCGAACAAUCUCCGUUCUUCCGUUAAAUCCACCACCUCAUACUGCUCACGGGAUGGGCGGAUAGCUAACGACAUGUAUAAGAAGGAGCAUGUCAUGCCUUACGCUGCCAAUAAGACUUGUGCGUACCCAGCCUCACGCGGCGUCCUUAACUCAGCUCAGCUCAGCAAUAGACGAGUGUAUAAAAAAAUCCCCAGUCUGGAGUCAGACGUUUAGUCACAGAUAUGUUCUCAUCCCUGGAUUUGUAUUAUAAUUUCUUCAACACCGAGGGAUGUCAUAGCCACACGUUUCUUUUCUCCACAUUCUAUUCCGAACGAACCUUCGCCCGUUUGGGUGUAAAUGUACAGCUUCUGUCUUUGCAGGUAAUAUCAUUAUUUAUUUUCUACCAUGUACUGAUCACUACUAAUGUGUUGUGCCAUACCUGGUAGACGAAGAAAAUCGGGCUCCAUCACUUUAGGUGGUUUCAGAAAAGAUUUGUUGUGAUUGUAUGAAUGGAGAAACAUCAGAAGAUGCUCCCGAUCCAUAUUCUUGCUGUUGUAGGGAUUCUUUACAGGGAGACUUUAUUUGUCGUGUCGACCUGAAUUAGGGCCAUCUCAGGAGGGCAGGAUGCCACAAUAAGCCAGUCCAACAGUCUGCUGCUUAUUAAACUGACAAAUGUGGCUAUUGUGAUGCCUGGCAGAGCACAACGUGGGUGAGAUCAAAUGGACAUGAGAGGAGAAACUGAGGCUGUGGCGGGAGUAGUGUAGGUGCUACCGAUGAAUAAUGUUUACAGACUGAUUAAAAAAACAACAUGGUAGACAAGCAGAAAAGACUGAAGCAAAGUGCUGUAUUUUUUUUAUUCUAUUCAAAUAGUUUUAGAGAUUCUGCCACUGGAAUCCAUCUGUAGGCUUUGAGUGUUUGUUAGCACAGUAAUGGUUAGUUUUCAAUUGUUUUUAAAAAGCAGAGCUUUCUGAAAAGAUUUAUUUUUUUGCAUGGGAAGUUUUUUUUUUUUUUUUUCCUGUCCCCACUGUAGUUGAAAAAAACACACAUUCUGCAAAAUAUCUUUUUGUUGUUUAUACGACAAAGGGGCUCCCUUUCCCGUCAUGUGGUGGAUGGACGUUUGUACAAUCGAACCUUUGACCUUAGUAAAUCAGUGUCAUGUUUAGAGGCUUCUGCUACUGCUGCAAUAGAGAAAGGAUGGUAAAGAAGGAAAAAGGAUUCAAUCAAUUGGAAUUGUUUGAUGAAGACGUUUCUAUGACCUCCUUGCAGAUGAUUUACAGGGUACUAGUUCUUUCUGGAAAAACAGGUGACUCGAUCCCUCCCCUUCCUUAAUUCUUUACCUUCACUCAACAAUGUAGAAGCUGGUCAUCAAUUGAUUUUCAUAAACAGUCAAGCAGGGUUAUGUCUUUAUUUUUCCUGUCGUAAGUUGGAUGGAUGAUGUGAGCCAGGCAAGAUGGUAUGGUGCAAGUCAUGUGUCAUUUUGACCCAUUGUACAAUUGACUGCCCAUUUUUUUGUACUUUUCAACAAGUACAGUUGGAAAAGACAAAUGAAAAUUUCAUCUGACAUUGAUUUGCUUGAUUGGCUUCACACAGAUAAAUUGUAUCAAAUGAAAUAUAUACCUCAUGAUGAUCAGCAUUUUGAGGGAGCGUCAAAGGGGCUGUUUUGUCGAAAAAUGUUCGCAGUGGCUCCUUUUGACACGUCAAGGUCUUCCAUUUGAGGAGGGAAAACGGGAUUAGGUUCAUGGAGUAGGACGUGGCUUUGCUGUUUCACCUCGGGGCCAAAAUGUGCACUAUAAAAAAAUGAAAGAUGUUACUUAAAUGUUCAAAAAGUGAACCACCCUUUUAUGAAUAUGCAUUUUUUGUGGUUGAUUUGUUUUUUUUUAUGAUGGUAUUUGACUGGAAUUCAGUUGAAGCUCAAUGACCACAUCAUAUCACCCUUUCUUACUCUUGUAAUACUACCUUCUAUUGCUUCAGCUUAACCCAAUGACUGCUGAUUUUUUUUUUCUUAUAUGCAUAUUUAUUAUUAACAUAUAUAUCUCCACAUGCUGCUUGUAUGAGCUGAUGAGUGAACAAUGUUCAAAUGUAAAAAAAUAUAUAUAUAUAAAUAUAUAUGAUACAUAUAUACACGUAUAUAUAUAUAUAUAUUAUACGUAUAUAUAUAUAUAUAAAUAUACGUAUAUAUAUAUAUAUGUAUAUAUACAUAUAUAUGUAUAUAUGUAUAUAUAUAUAAAAUGAACCCUUGCAUUUUAUGAUGGACUCAUGGCAAUAUUUUUCAUUCUUUCUACUUUUGCAGAACUGUCAUGUAAACUGAUGCCGUUUUAUGUUGGAAGGCACCCAAACACACCCUCGUGAUAACAACCCUGCUCUUUUUAAUGGCAAAAAAAAUGUAUUUUAAUUACAUCUAAUGAUAAAUAAUGAGGUGAUGGCAUGCAACCCCAGAUGUAAUAAUGUUUUCUGUUUUGUUUCAUUUUGUCAUGAUUGUUAUGAUCACUAAUGCUUUGUAACCAGGCGUGCGUAUAUACAUAUUUGAGAGAGAUUGAGGGGGGGAAUUCUUAUCUACGUUAAUGAAGACGCUGCUGCUCUUUUGGGGGAGGAGGUGUAUUCCGACUCACUCGUUGGCGUGAGGGGUCAUUAUCAGGCCCCGUUUUGCCCAAUGGGAUUACAGGUCAGAGGUCAGGGCUUAAUUUGGCAUGGUGGGACAUCUUUGCUCUUCCUCCAUGGCAGGUGAGAAUUGAAAAUGUAUCACCAGCUCUCCUUCUCUCUUCCCACUCCUUCAUGUAUAGUCAGGACUUCAACUGUGAAGAAGACAAAAAGAAAAAGAAAAAAAAAAAAAAACCUUGACCUUUGAGUCUGCUCACCCUCCAAA